AUGGGCGGCAAAGCCGCGAUCUACAAGAAACUUAAAACUUUCAAUUCACGUUUGGUCAUCUGUUCAUCCCACAUUCAUACUUUUAAUAUCUUUCGAGCUGGCCAUUUUUCCCUGUUCUUAAUCUAUCUAUCUAUCUAUCUAUCUAUCUAUCUAUCUAUCUAUUUAUCUAUCUAUCUAUCUAUCUCACUCUUUCGAUUUCUAUCUAUCUAUCUAUCUACGUCUGUUCUUUAUCUAUCUAUCUAUCUACGUCUGUUCUUAAUCUAUCUAUCUAUCUAUCUAUCUAUCUAUCUAUCUAUCUAUCUAUCUACCUAUCUAUCUAUCUCAUUCUUUCAAUAUCUAUCUAUUUCCAUAUCUAUCUAUCUGUCUAUCUGUCUAUCUACGUCUGUUCUUAAUCUAUCUAUCUAUCUAUCUAUAUAUCUAUCUACGUCUGUUCUUAAUCUAUCUAUCUAUCUAUCUAUCUAUCUAUCUAUCUAUCUAUCUCACUCUUUCGAUAUCUAUCUAUCUAUCUAUCUAUCUAUCUAUCUAUCUAUUUCGAUAUCUAUCUAUCUAUCUACCUACGUCUGUUCUUAA